AUGUACAUUGGCUGUGGCGUUUUCCCUGUGACAGUGGCCUUGAUUCGUCUGUGCUUCUGGUACCCCAAUUUGUGCAAAGUGGAAUUCAAUUACUCUGGUUGGACUUCCAACCAUGGGAUGCAGUUGGACAAACAUGGCCUCCAGGUGUUUUCAUCUUGCUGCACCUCAUUGACUGAUCUCACCUUAAGCUUUUGCACUAAUGUUGAUGACUCAGGCCUUCGCCUUUUAGCGUGCUUCAAGAAGCUGAUGUCUCUGAGGUUGAACACAUUACCAGCAAUAACUUCGUCUGGGCUUCUCCAAGUGGCUAUUGGCUGUAAAAAUCUAUCUUCUCUCCACCUUAUUGGCUGCAACAAAGUAGGUGGUGCAAUGUGGCUGGAGUACCUUGGCAGGUUUCGAUCAUUGAAAGAACUUGUAGUGAAUCGCUCUUUCAGCUGUGAGAGUUUGGUGGAUUUGACAUUGGCGCGAGUUUCAACUAAGAAGGAAAUAGGACUUCGUUAUCUCCUGAGGAAGUGCAAGGCAUUAAAGAACUUGUGCCUUUAUUAUGUUCUUGGUGUACAGGACAAUGACAUAGUUACGCUCUCCAAUAACUGCAGCAACCUUACAAGCAUCUCACUUCGGUUGACACCUGAGUUCAAUGAAGGUCAUGUUUUCAGGACAUCAUUGACUGAUCACAGCCUUAAGGCUCUAGCCCUCAGGUGCAGUAAGCUUCAGUCUUUUGAACUCAUAUUUUGGGGAUGUGAUGAAAUCUGGCCAGAAAUAGGAUUCACACAGGAGGGCCUUGUCAUGCUUAUUCAGUCUCGUCCGAUUCGUAACCUCGUGCUAAGUGGUGCUCACAUCUUUGAUGACGAGGGGAUGAAGGCCAUCUCAUCUGCACAAUUCCUAUAA